GUGACGAGGACGUGAGGUCGUGUCGCUCGGCCGGCAUGGAGUCCCGGCCCCUCCCCGUGCUGGUGCUGUCCUCGCAGACGUCGCACUCGCCCCGGAUCCUGCAGGAGAAGGCCACGCCCCCGGUCACGUGGCACCAGUACCGCUACCCAGAACAUGGGCGGCGGCGGCGGUGCCCUCGGCGGGGGCGCUGCGGGCGGAGGAGCCGGAGGAGCGGGCGGGGCGUUCGGCGAGGCCCCAACGGCAGCGCGCUCGGGGGUCAGCCGCCGGGGUCCCGCGCUUCGUCAGGCCCCGACAGGAAGGUGGCGCUGCGUCGCUCCCUCGCGCGCGCAGCUUCGAGCCGCGCUCUCCUCGUGGCAGGGGCGGCCAGCGGCGGCGGCGGGCGGCGGCAGCUGGGGCGGCACGGCGUGGAUCGGAGCCGCCACGCCCGUGAGGAAGAUCUCCGCCCACGAGUUCGAGAAGGGCGGCCUCCUGAAGCCCAUCGUGACCACCAUCGACGGCACGCCCACGUUCCUCUCGCCCGCAGCCGACGCCGAGAACGUCGCCAUUCUCGCCAAGGUCCGGCGGAAGUCCCGGACGGAGCUGAAGGGGCUGGACGAGCGUCAGCUGAUCUUUCGAGUUGGUGAAGACAUCUGCAACGACCUGGACGUCCGCUCGCUGUGCCACAAGAUCCUGCAGAACGUGUCGAUCCUCACCAGCGCUGACCGGUGCUCGCUCUUCCUCGUUCAGGGGAUAAGAUAUAUUGAUACAUGA